AUGCGCGAUUCUCGGCGUCGUGAUAUUCUUCACUUCGACCUCUUCGUCGACUCAAUGUUUGUUGUGGACAUUGUGCUCAACUUCAACACGGCUGUAGAAGACGAUGGCAAGCUGCACUUCUCCUACCCGUCCAUACUUCGAAGUUAUACGCGUGGGUGGUUCGUGCCCGAAGUGCUCUGGACAUUACCCUUCUACGCGAUUUUUGAGGGGCACGACCCGGGGGCGUACAACGAGCGGGGAUCCGCAGAUUCUCCUCUCUUCCAGUUCGCAGCACAAGCAGCUUGGCUGUAUCCAGCAGCACGUUGCCUGCGUUUGAUGCGCGUCAUCGGUCUACCACGUCUCCAGCGUCGUCUCGAGCGUUCGUUGCUUAUAUCGUCCAAAGUGAGCAGUCUGGGGAGCUUCCUGUUCGUGGUGCUGGCACUCUCGCACGUCUUCAGCUGCGUGUUCGCGUACUUGGCCUUCGACGACGAGGACCAGCUCGAGUUUGCGAUGGGCUCACGCGUACUGCAGGACUCCGAGGUCAAGACUCGAUACAUCGCAGCCUUCUACUGGUCCAUGAUGACCAUGACGACGGUCGGCUACGGCGAUAUCACGGUGAAGACGAACGCUGGGCGGCUCUUCUCGAUCGCAGCCAUGGUCGUAGGCGCCGGCGUGUUCGCGUACGGCAUCACGAACGUCGUCUCCCUCUUCCAGCAGCUCUACGAGAGCGACACGGCGUACCGACGAGAUAUGGACCAGAUCAACGACUUCAUGCAGGCGCGGAUGCUGCCGCGCGCGCUGCGCGACAAAUUGCGCGCCAACACCUUCCACUGGCGCAAAGCUGCUCGAGGCGAGAACAAGGAGCGCGACCGCGCCAUCGUCAAGCGCAUGGCGAGUCUCAUCCGCGCCAAAGUGGCGGACCGCUUCUGCGAAGACAUGAUGCCGCACAAGAUGCCGUUCCUCGCUGGCUGCAGCGCCGAGUUCAUCCACGACCUGUACCUGCGCAUGCGUGUGCAGUGCUAUCUACCCGGAGAGGACAUCAUCUCGCAGGGAGACUACGGCUCCGAGAUGUACUUCCUCUUCGUGGGCCACGCUCAGGUGCUGCUCGGUCUGACCAAGGUGGCUCUCUUCGGGCCCAACUCGUGCUUCGGCGAGUUCAGUAUCGCCAACCCGCGCAAGCCGCGACUCGCAACGAUCCAAGCUCUCGACUUCUGCGAGACCCACUGCAUCGAACGCGAGCAGAUUCUGCGCGUUCUUCUCUCACAUCCGAUCACAAUGCGUUCGGCGCGUCAACUGGCCACGCUGCGGUCUCGC